AGCAAGUGUGCGCUCUGCUUUACAGGAGGAACAACACACGCGUGCGCUGCCUGCAUACAGACCAAGCAUUUGGUCAACAACCGGAGAAAGACGAAGGAGCUGAGCCAUGUUUGGCAUGAUUAAAAAUUCACUCUUCGGAACCUCUGAGGAGACCGAGUAUAAACUGCUGAGCACUGAGACAAAGGAUGGCGUUAGCUUUGAGGUGCGGCGGUAUGACCCUGCGAAGUACGCUGCUGUCUCCUCUGAGGGACGAACCUAUGACCAGGUGAUCGGGGAGCUGGUGAGGAAGCUGCUCAUGUACAUCGGUGGGAACAACGAACAAGGCGAGGCCAUGGGUAUAGCGUUUCCCAUCAUAAUCACAGUGUAUCCACGGAAUGAUGGCGUUUUCUCUCGGCGUUUGGUAGUAGGCAUCCGUAUUCCUUCCAUCUACCAACAAAGUCCCCCGACUCCCAGCGACAGUGCCAUCAGGAUUGAAGAGCGACCCGGCAUGACCGUCUAUGCUCUACAGUUUGGUGGCUUCGCAGGGGAGAGCGAGUACCGAGCUGAGGCCCUGCGUCUGACGCGCACCCUGGGUGAGACGGCGCCCUAUCAGCGCAAACAGUUCCUCUGCUGCAGCUUCGACCCGCCGCUCAAGCCUUACGGACGUAGGAACGAGGUUUGGUUUCUACAGGAAGAGCCAUGAAAACAUUCUACUUAGUCAAAACAGAUCGGUUUGUUACAAAACCCUAAAUUUUAUACGUUUUACAGCUUUCACCCCCGAAAGCUGUAAAACUUAAGUUGGGUGUUCAGCAGCGGGACCGUUUGAAUAGAAUCGUCAAGAAAGAAGCAGCUUUUAUUUAUUGGACUUUCUAUGUUUUUUAACUUCUUUAAAACUUUUACUUAAAACAACAGAACAAAUCUUAAUAAAUAGGUUU